AUGAGUUUAAUAGUGUUGUUAACAUUAUUCGUUUUUGGUUAUUGUGAUUAAAAGGAGAAAGGAUUACAGAAAGUGAAAGUUCAAGUAGCUACAGUAUUAGAUGGAUAUUAUAAAGAAUUUGAUGGAGUAUUAUGUUAUUCAGAGAAAUAUAAUCAAUUUGUGAUUUAUCAUGAGAGAUCUAAGGCUAAAAGUAAUAUUGAUUUAUGAUUUAAUAGAUUUGAAGGAGUUAUUUCCAGAAACAGAUUUCUUUUUGUAAUUUUGUAUGAAUGGAAAUGCUGUUGGAUUGAGUCUUUAGAAUUUUGUUCCUUAAGUGAUAAUAAAUGAAGAUUAAUAUAAGAGUGUAGUAUUUACUGUAAAACCUGAAGUGAAGAAGGGUAAGAUAGUAUGUAGAUGAUUUAUUAGGGACUACAUUAAAAAUAGCUUUUGUUUAAGCAGAUUACGAGGGAGAAUAAGAGAGAUUUAUAGAUCUUUUAGAGAAUGAAAUAGAUACUUAUAAGCCAAUCAGUGAGACUUAAUUGGAUUAUGCAGCAAUGCAAUUUGAACAUAAGUUUAUUUAAUAUGUAAAGAAGAUGCAUGAUGAAUUGUGAU